UUUAUUGGCGACGGUAUGGGCAUUACGACCGUAACGGCGGCUCGCAUUCUGAAAGGCCAACAGUUAGGACUGUCCGGUGAGGAACACCAGCUAUCGUUUGAUGACUUCCCAAACAUUGCACUUUCAAAGACCUAUACCAUAGAUAGUCAGGUGGGCGACUCAGGUGCCUGUGCUACAGCAUUGUUGAAUGGCGUAAAGGCCAGGUAUGAGACAAUCGGUUUGGACGAGAAUGGCUUCUACGAGGACUGUCAUUCAUCAUUUAAUUCACGAGUUAAAAGUAUAGCCGACUGGGCUCUAGAGGAAGGCAAAGCAACGGGAAUAGUGACGACCACUCGUGUAACACACGCCACACCAGCGGCACUCUAUGCCCACAGCGCCAGCAGAUACUGGGAAAGUGAUGACAAACUGCCACCAAAUGCCAGAACUCAGUGCAAAGACAUUGCCCGACAACUGGUUGAAGAGUAUCCGGGAAGGGAUCUCAAUGUGAUUCUGGGAGGAGGGCGCCGGCAUUUCAUAAGUGCAAUGGAUUGGUCUACUCAACGGCCUAAUGAAUUUGGACGCAGAUUAGACAAUCGUAAUCUGAUUGACAAUUGGCUCCGGGAUAAAAAAGAUAGAGACCUAAAGGCUAGUUAUGUCAAGAAUAAGCUCGAGUUUGACAGUCUUAAUACUACACAUAUUGAUUAUCUGCUCGGCCUAUUCAGCCACAAUCAUAUGGCCCAUGAAGUGGAUCGCGAAACGGAUGGACCAACUGGUGAGCCAUCACUGGCUGAGAUGACUACCAAAGCGAUUGAAGUGCUCAGACAUAACCCGAACGGAUAUUUUCUGUUAGUCGAGAGCGGCCGUAUAGAUCACGCCCAUCAUCUAAAUAAUGCCAAACGAGCACUGGUAGACACACUGGCACUCGAUGAGGCCAUUCAAGCAGCCAUUAAGCUGACGCACCCGUCAAACACGCUAUUAGUGGUCACAGCAGAUCAUUCGCACGUCUUUACAUUUGGAGGAUCACCGAAAAGAGGAAACCAUAUAUUAGGCACCGAUAGUAAGCCAUCCGAUGUCGAUUCACUGCAUUAUACAACAUUACUGUACGCUAACGGUCCCGGAUAUACCAGAAAACGCAUUAAUAUAUCAACAGUGGAUACGACAAUCAAUGAUUACAUCCAAGAGUCGGCAGUUCCUCGGCGUUGGGAUACACACGGCGGUGAAGACGUUCCCGUUUACGCUCAGGGAGUCAAUGGACACGUAUUUCGCGGUGUUGUUGAACAGACAUUCAUACCGUACGCCAUAUCCUAUGCCGCGUGUAUGGGUCCGUUCAAGUGGUUGUGCGAAAAACAAUUGAAUAGACAACAACAACAACACCUCAAUAAUAAUAAUAAUUGUCAUAAACAGUGUCACAAUCAAUGUCUUAUGCCAUCAUCUCAACAAAUACCUAAACCUAAGUCAUCGCCCAGUUAUAGAAAUAAUAAUUUUUAUAUAACCUAG